AUGGACCAUUACGUAUUCUAUCCAAACGAAAGACCUCCACAGCCUCCCCCGCCUGCUGGCGGGCAUGAAACAAUUAGGGAUUCUGUCGAGGCGGAAGUCACAAGCACUUAUCCCUACAAGGCUCCGCAAAGUCUAGGCGAAGGUGUCAUCAUCUACAUAAUGGAGAACGAGUUCAGCCUCAAACCGGAGUACCUAGACAUUGAGACGACACGCUACGAACGACUUCCAGCUGGAGGCGCUGACCCUUUCUCUAAAGGAGGAGAGCAGAGAGAAGAUCCGAGAGAAAUGCAUGGAACCUUGGUCGCGAAUGUAGCUGCGGGCUCCCAAAUGGGCGCUGCUCCGAAAGCCCGGGUGGUCGCAGUCUAUCGAGCAACCGGGAAGAAGGACGGUCUCAAAACAGCACUUGAGCUGAUCAUAACCCACUAUGACUCACAGCACGAACCUCGACCGUCGGCCAUCAUCAAUGCAUCACUUGGCCAAGCGUCGCAGAAUAUGUACAAAAUGCUUGGCUUCAACGCUCUCGAGCAGUCUCUUGAGUGCAGCUCCCUGAUUGAGAUACUCGUGAAAAAGUACGGGAUACUUCUGAUUGGGGCCGCGGGAAAUGAACAGGUGAGCUGUCUCUCUCCUUUGGGACGUGCUGAGGCGCUGAUGUCUUUGGAGCAUAUCAUUACGAAGAGCGAUCGUGACGAGGUGACGAAACACAUCAAAGCCGAGACGUCCGAGGGGAGGAAAUCAGCCCUCCACAAACUCCAUGAGUCGAAACUGCUGCUACCAGCUGGUCAUCCGCUUGCUUUGAGUGUUGGAGCCCAUGACCACAAAGACGAUUGCACUAGAUUUUAUCAUGGGACAGGUGAGGUUUUCACUGAACAUUACUUUUGCUAA